AUGUCAUCUAUGACUGUUGAACAGAAGCUAACUGUUUCUGCCCUAAACACAGAAAGGAGCAACGAUGGUGAAGUAAAUAGGCUACAUCACAUUCCAAGACCCACCAACAAAGAAGAAGAGCGGCAAUGGCUUCUGGAGCAGAUGGCGGGCGCAUUUCGCAUAUUCGCCAAAUUGGGAUUCUCGGAUGGUAGCAGUGGUCAUAUCAGUGUCCGAGACCCCGUUGAGCCCCACACGUUCUGGAUCAACCCAUAUGGAGUACAUUUUGCCCUUCUUAAAGUCUCUGAUAUGGUCCGGGUUGAUGAACAAGGAAACAGGGUGGCUGGUGCAAAUAAGCCAGUCAACACGGCUGGGUUUAUUAUUCAUUCGGCAAUCCACCAGAGGCGACCCGACAUUCAUGCAGCCUGUCAUAUGCAUAGUCCCUAUGGAAGAGCCUGGAGCACUUUUGGCAGGGGAAUUGAUAUGUUGAAUCAAGACUCGUGCAUGUUCUACGACGAUCUUUCGAUAUAUCCCGCCUUCGGGGGAGUUGUUUUCGCACAGGGAGAGGGUCAGCGCAUUGCUGACUACCUUGGAGCCAAAAACAAAAAUUUGAUAAUGCAGAAUCAUGGCCUGCUUACUGCCGGUGGUACGGUUGCGGAAGCGGCGGCCUUUUUUAUCGCAUUGGAGAGGGCAUGUCAGACUCAGAUCCUAGUGGAAUCUUCGACAGCCCCUGGCUCAAUUGGUGCAAAUGGAGGAGUUUUGAAGAAGACAUUGGUGGAUGAUGAAGUUGCUCUAUACACCAAGAAAGGAACAGGUACUCCGGAGGUUAUGUAUAUGCAAUUCGCUCCCGAGUACCAAUUGAUCUUGAAGGAGACAGGUGGAGAUUUCUUGAAUUAA